GAAGUUGCUAAUGUGAACAGCAGCGUCAAGGAACGAAGUCAAGUCUGUUCAUUAGUCUACAAAUAUCUACCAGCCUCACGGAUAUUUCACAAUCAUUAAUGAAACUAGCGGCUUUCUUUUAUUUAAAUCACGUGUCACCUUUUGUCACUGGCGUAGUUUCCUGAGAGAGAACUUCAUAUCCCACAAUUCAUACUUCCGUAACUUGGAUCACGGCAGGAGCGACUAGCAAGACAAAACUCUUUUUCUCUCUUUGCUAGUUAGCACGCUAAGAGAAACCAGCAAGCUGUUGGCCGCAAAAAAGACAAAUGGACACAUCUCCGAAAGUGAAAGGUGUGUAACCCUGCCCGGGGCAGCAGUGAUGGAUGGAGAGGUCCAUAGGGCGGCUGCGUCAUGGGAGAAUGGCACCUUGGCACCUGUGGAUCGGCUUCGCACUGAGAGGGCGGACAGUCCCACACCGGGUCUGGUGGAGGGGACUGAGCCAGGUGCAGGCCAGAAGAGUGCCAUGUUUGUCCAUGCACAGUCCUUUGAGGACCUGACUGCUGAGACUGAGGAGGCUCGCAAGGAGGCUGAGGGAUACUCUGAGCUAGGGAAACCAGCAGAUUCUACAGAUGGGAUUGAGGUGCUGAUGGGCAAAGACACCAUAUCAGAAAAGCAGAACAAGAAGGAAGGUUGGCAAGACAGCAAGAGUAAGGAGGAGGACGUGUCCAGCGAGGCAUGGCGCAGCCACAGAAAACAUGUGUUUGUGCUGAGCGAGGCAGGGAAGCCCAUCUACACUCGCUAUGGUACAGAAGAGGCUCUAUCCAGCACCAUGGGGGUGAUGAUGGCCCUCGUCUCCUUUGUCGAAGCAGACAAGAACAUCAUCCGGUCCAUCCAUGCAGAUGGAUACAAAGUGGUAUUUCUCAGCAAGAGCCCGCUGGUCCUGGUGGGUGUAUCUCGCACCAGUCAGUCAGACAAGGAGCUGAUGCGGGAGCUGCAGUACAUCUACUACCAGAUCGUCAGCCUGCUCACCCUCACGCAGCUCAACCACAUCUUCCAGCACAAGCAGAACUACGAUCUGCGACGCUUGCUGGCCGGCUCUGAACACCUCACUGACAACCUUUUGCAUCGGCUUGACCGAGACCCCGGGCUCCUCCUCAGUGCUGUCACCUGCCUUCCACUGGCUAGCUCCACCAGGGACGUGGUGUCAUCCAGCCUGCAGGCAGCCAAAGCCAAAAGCCUGGUCUUCUCCAUUCUGCUGGCAGGGGACUACCUAGUUACCCUGGUGAGGAAAAAGGACCAAUUCCUGCACCACAUAGACUUGCACCUGGUCUUCAAUCUGGUUGGCUCGUCCUCAUCCUUCAGAGAGGGUGAAGGCUGGACACCCAUCUGUCUGCCAAAGUUCAACACUGCAGGAUUUUUCCACGCUCACAUCUCCUACCUGGAACCGGCGUCUGACCUCUGUCUCAUCCUGGUCUCCACGGACCGCGAGGACUUUUUUAACUUGUCUGAAUGCAAGCAACGUUUCCUGGAGAGGCUGAGUAAGCGUAAUGCCUACCAGGCAUUGAAGGACGCUCUCAAAAGCCCCAGCUACUCUGUGGCCCAGGUCGGCAUCCCAGAGCUCAGGCACUUCCUGUACAAGUCAAAGAGCUCAGGGCUGUAUACCAGCCCGGAGUUGCCUGUGGUGUACCAGUCUGAGGAAGAGGAGGAAAGGCUCAUGGGGCUGUACCAUGACCUUCACAGCCGCUUGCACCACGCAACCAGACCGCUUCGCUCCAUCUACCACUGUGGUGAAACUGAGAACCUAAUGGCAUGGGUGACAAGUGGUUUCGAGCUCUACCUCUGCUUCAGUCCCCUGGGGACCAAGGCUCUGGCUGUUUCUGCUGUUAACAAGCUGCUGAAAUGGAUAAGGAAGGAGGAGGACCGCCUCUUCAUCCUCAGUCCCCUCACAUAUUGAACCUAGCUGACUUUCUGGAAUCGACGUGUUAAAUCAUGAGCUGUGGAGGUUGAGAGUCUGCAGGUUUUGGUUCUUACCAAAGACUACACCUGUGAUUUUGUUGAUGGUUGAUUCCCUUGUGGAGACUUUUGUUGGAAGGAAAAGCUGUGGACUCUUGGCCCUUUGUGGCACUGCUGUUGCCAGAACAUAAAACAUCAUCCUAGACAUUGGCUGAGCACUAAUGACGGCUGUGGAUGAUGUGGUGCUCGGUGCGGUGUACACAUAUUAAUAACAACUCUAUGCAUUGCUCACCUCUGGGUUCUUCAAAUUUGAUGUACAAACUUGUGGUUUGUGAUGAAAGUAGAUACGGCACUUAGGAUAAAUUCAAACUAUAUUUUAGCUGGCUAAGAUUUUUAUAAUUUUUAAUUAGGGUUAGUGGCACACGUCCACAUGGAAGCAGCGUUGGCAAUAUCUAUCUAGUAGUAACAAUAAAUAUGGUGUUUGUGAUGCUGUUGAAAUAGUUUCAUACAUGCUUCUAUACUGUAACAGAAAAUAUUUAAAAAGACCAAUAUAUGUAAUGCAGUCUAUGCACUCUGCAAUGGGACAUAAUAUCAAGAUAUGGAUUAUCCAUAAUCCACCUAUCUUUAAUAUGGUAGCCAAUAAUACCCAGAUUAAAUGAACAGUUGUGUCAUUUUGAUCAUUGGUCAUCUUGGUUCCAUUUUACCUCUAUGCACAUUCACUGUCAACAAUACUACCUUAGAGGACUGUGUUCAUUCUGCUAAAAUGCAAUUACUGUUGUCAAAUUUUGUGCCAUUGUUAUGCAAUGUAAAGAAAUUUUAAAGUAAGACUACUAACAUUUCGAUGCAUAUUUCAGAUUUUGCAAGCGUUGUCAUCGGCAAUCAUGGUGUUUCUCUUCUUUAGACAUUCAUAUUGUGUUUUUAUCUGUACAUUGAUAACAUGGAAACUGGGGUUUCUGUUUGUUGCUAAUCAUCAUGGUUCAUGUUUUGCAUAGGAUCCAUGUUCUUAUAACUUGAGGAAUUCAAUAUUCCAACAUUUGCCUGCACUGUUCAUGCCUUAACUAAUACGGCAGAUGCCUCAGCUGGAGGUUGUUGCAGUGUUGCUCUAUUGAUACUGUGUCGCAUCCCCCAAUUAUGAUAAUACUGCAUUAAUUAUAAAUAAACGACUAAUAUUAAAGCAUGCUGCCUGACAGAUUCUGUCAGUCAUAUUGGUUGUGUUUGAUGUCCUAUAAGAGCUUCUAUCCUUUUAGGUGUAAGUCUAUAGGCCUACAG